GUUUCGUUCUCUUUAUCUCUUUCGUUCGUUGAUUCGCAACGGCGGCGGUUCUGUUAGUUCGUGGUGAACGAGUGAAAGAGUUUCUCGGGGAAUGAGGAACUAGUUCAUUUAGUUCAGUCAGAAGAAUCUUUCGUUUGAACUAGUUCGUUCGCGAACUACACAUCACUACUUUAUGCACAACAGGUGAACAAAAGCACAUUAAGAUAAAAAAUGUGAUGUGGAUUAAGAUAAAGAAAUGUGCUUUGCUUUGUUCAGGUCUGGUAGGAAGUAAUUAUUAGCAGCUUACAGAAAGUGUGGAGGUUUGGUUAUAAUGAGUUUGAUAUUCAAAAUAUUUACGUUGAAUUGCUGGGGUAUACCAAUCCCACUAAUUUGUAAAGAUCGGCAAGACAGAAUAAAUGCUAUAGGAGAUGCACUUGCUUCAAACUCAUAUGAUGUAGUCUGCCUUCAGGAAGUAUGGUCUGACAGAGAUUAUUUUUUAAUAAAGGAGAAAGUAUCAGGUGUAUUGCCCUAUUCUCAUUAUUUUCAUAGUGGAGUAACAGGCUCAGGUAUCUGUAUAUUUUCAAAAUAUCAGAUCAAAGAAACAUUUUUCCACCAGUGGCCUCUCAAUGGUUAUAUACACAAAAUUCACCAUGCAGAUUGGUUUGGAGGAAAAGGUGUAGGAUUAUGCAAGUUAUCUGUGGAUAGGUACACUGUCCAUGUUUAUUCAGCUCAUUUACACGCAGAAUACGACCGUAACUUUGAUGAAUACGAAGCUCAUCGCAUCCUGCAAGCCUACGACACUGCUCAAUUCAUAUCGCUCACAUCUGAAGGUGCCGAUUUAGUUAUUUUAGCUGGAGAUUUAAAUACCGAGCCUGGCGACCUGGCCUACCGAGCACUUUUAAACGUAGCUGGGUUGGUAGACUCAUUUUUAGUCGCUGAACGGAUGCUAAAUUCCGACAAGCAUGCAACAUGUGAAAGCUGGUGUAAUAGUUACACUCCGUCUAAUUUAGCCAAGAAAAAAAAUCUUGGUAAAAGGAUAGAUUAUAUCAUGUACCAUCCUGGUUCUAAGUUAAAAGUAGUACUCCAGGAUUAUCGCUUGCCCCUUCCAGAUCGCGUACAAGGAAAGGAUUUUAGCUAUUCCGACCAUGAGGCCGUUGAAGCGACUAUAGCUUUAAGCGAGAAAAAAGUCGAAACGACUGAAAUUGAUAUAGUUGAACGUCAGUAUAUAUUCAAAGACUGCCUUGUGAUUUUAAAUAAUGCUUUAGAUAGAUUAAAAACUCAUAAAACUAUUUAUUUAUUGUUUGCUGUAGUUCUGAUGGCGUUGUUGAUUAUGUCUCUUGUUUUUGAAACGCCUUAUGGCUAUAUAGUUUUGUUUAAUAUAGUUAGAGCUAUUGUGUCUAUUCUAAUUUUCAUAUGCCUACUCAUGGCGCUCAUUUGGAACAGUAUUGAAAGAAACGCGAUUCUUGCGGGUAAAUUAGCCAUUGAAGUUAAUAUGAUGAAGUAUUCAGAAUCAUGACAUAUAUUGUGGAAGAUAUAGCUUUUCCGCUUAAUAAUGUAUUUGGGACCAUAUUAUUUUUCUAAAAUUCAACACAGAUGAGCCUGUUAUUAUAUUGGCUACACAAAGUGUGGGGUAUUGGUUGUAUUUCAAGAAAUAUUAUUUUUUUACGUGCUGUUGCUUAUUUUCUUUUUCUCGUCAUUUAGAUUGGAUUUGAAAGCAGAUGUGUAAUUUAAUACAAAAUGCUGUAGUUAUAAUGAAAUUAUUUUGUGGAAAAGACUAAGGCUACACUUAUUAUGGAUGCGAAAAUUUGUUCUGACGAGUUCUGAUUAAUUCGUCCACAUAAACAAACACCUGUUUUCCUAAGAGCUGGCAGUGACCAGCAAGUCACCGUACGCACGACACCGUCAUAACCAUUUGACCGUUCAAAGAUUUGCAUCUGCAUCUUGAUAACUAUUGUGUACCAGGACAGUUUACUGAGGGAUAUGAGAGACCAAAAUUAUCAAUAAUAAAUAACCUUGAAAUCUCUCCUUUAUCAUCUCUACUAGAAAAUAAUGGAUUUUCAUACUCUGUUUUUCCAUAAUUUAAAAACAGUAAUUUCAGUAAAAUAAAAUUAGCAAACUUCCUCCAUAUAUGCUGGAUGACAGAAACGUGCUGACUACCAAAAUGGCAGACAACGCGCUCAGUAUAACCGCCUAAUUCUGACGAGGAUCUCAGACGUAUCCGUCAGAACCAAAUUUCCUCAGAACUCGCAUCUAUAGUAACCGUAGCCUUGUUCUGUUUAUAUUACAGCUCUAAAAGAUCUUCAGAUAAAUACUUGCGUUGGCGCUAAUGAUCUGAUAUUACUUAAUAAUACAUAUAAGUAGGGAUGCAUCGAGUACUACUUUUUUUCAAAGUGCGAGUACCGGGUACUCGAUGCAGUGAUUAGCUUUGGCUUAUUUCAGCUGCUAUGAUAUUAAGAUUAUAAUUGCGUCUUCGAAAGAUCCCUUUCUUAAAGCGCGACAAAAAACAGUUGUGGAACUUGGAAAUUUUUUUUUAGAAUGGAGCGUCCAGAUGCGGUUAGUAUAUUAGCUGUGUUUUCAGAACUUUCGUUUUUUAAUAUCUGAGAGCCUUACAACUAUUUUCACUGUGGAAUUCAGUAGCUACAAUAUUAAGUUGAAAUUGAAACCUUAUCUUGACAUAGCACAUUUGGAACCUUUUUUUAUUUACUAUUAUAUCCUUCCUAUUACAAAUAAUGCAGAUUUGUAAGUCAUUUAGAAGAUAUACAGGGUCCGUCAGAAAGAACGCAUGUUUUUUAAAUGAGUAGUACAGUCAAAUUAAGUAUGGGGAAAAAUAUUUCAUUAUAUAUAUGAAUUUACAGUGCUUGUUUCUCCAUCAUCCUCAAAACACAUAAGGGACGAUAAUCAUCGUUGGACCUACUGCACACCAAACUGUAACUUUCGGGGUAUGCAGGGGGUGCUCAUGCAGCUGUUGGGGGCACUGGAGACAAAUAUCGACAAUUUUGUUUAUUGACGUAUCCAUGUAAAUGAAAAUGUGCUUCAACACUCAUAAACAACGUCAUGUCACUGUUAUCCAACUGUUCAAUCAUAAGCUGUGCAAAAUACGUUGUGCAUAAUCCCCUGGCAACAGUUGUUGACAAACUUGGAUUUUGUAAGGAUGGAACACGAAACCCUUCAAGAUGCGACGUACAGAGGACGUGUGGAUCCCUAGGGAACUGGCACGCAAACGGACGGAACGAUUCGCCAUUUUGAAAGUACCCACGUACAGAGAACACACGAUGCUCAACGUUCCAAACUAUCUUGUCAACUGAAAACGGCACUUCUCCCACUAUCCAACAUGCCCUUCCCCACCGACACGGGAUCAGCCCACUCGAUGUAGUACCCAUUCGAAAAACAUGCGUUCUUUCUGACGAACCCUGUAUAUGCGAUAUCUUAGACCUUCAUUUUUACUUGAGGGGGCACCGCGAGGCCCCAAGCUAUUCAGAUUUUAAAAAAUUACCUUAAAGAAUCGAUGCGAUGUCAAGGCCAUCAGGAACAUAUGUAAAUAUUAGCCUUUGGGAGAAUAUUACAAAAGAAACCAAAUUGAAGCUGCUGGAUGUUAUAGCAGGUGUUAUUCAGAUUCACUAAGGAGUAAAGCGGAAUUAUCCUUACAUGUUAGUGAAGCUUUUCUUUGCAAGACUCGGGAUAAUCGUUAUUCACGUUGCUUUUCGACUUUUGCUACAUUUUGUUUAAUUUCAUUGUUUUUUGUUGUCUUUUGAAUGUUCAAAUAAACGAUAGAAAAGCAAAUAUGUUCAUCCAAAACGGCAAUAUCACAAUGUGGUCUCGGAUUGAACUGCCAUGUAACCUGCUCCAUGGUCUUACCAUAUUUUUUGAAAAAACUUAUAGUAGUAACACCUUGUGAAUAAAAAAUAAGUUAGGCAAAUACCAUGAAUAUGCUAGUGUACUGGAGAAGAGGGUCAACAAUUACAAAAAGAAUCAUUCAAAUCAGUUCCCUAAUUUCGUCCAAAUUUGCUGUAACUUGUAUCUAUCAUUCUAUAAAGCUUUACAUAUCAAGGUUUGGGAAAGGCAUUUUGAGCUCACAUCUAGAAAUCUUUGAUGUACGUUUAGACAAUUAUCCAGCGUCGUAAUUUAAUACUCGGCAAAACUUGGUAACUUAGUAAAAUGAGCCGAGUACCGGUUGUAAACAGAGUACCGGAGCAUCCAUACAUAUAUCAAUUAUUAUCAUAUCUAGUAAUCUAGAUGAAGUGAGCUAUACUUAUAUAAAGAGAAAUGCGCCACUCUGUACUUAAUACUUACAUCUUUUGGCUAAUGUGCGAAAUCGGUUUAUUGAAAAUCCUGAUUGAAAAACUACCUGAAAACGACAGAUGUAUUUAUAUAGCUGAAUUGUUCUCGACCAGCUCCUUAGCUUGCGAUAAAAAUUGAUCUUGAAUAGAAAAAGUAUUCAACAGAUCUAAACAAUGUGUGGAUAUAGAAUCUGACUACUGAUACUCAUUAUAAGUAAGAAAGAAACUGUGGAGUAUUUAAAACUUAAGGUUUUUGGGAACAAUUAUAAUUAAAACAGCAAUGGCACGAAAAUUCAAAUUUCAUUAUAUUCUAUUUACUUGGAGUUUGUCUUCACUACCACAUAGACUCAUGCGUUUCUAUGGAUCCAGGUACAAUCACAUGAAUUUCAUGCAUGAAGUGUGGUGGCUUAAAGCUACUAAAAUAUUUAUUUAACUAUGUUUAAUGUAUCUCAUCUAUAUUAACUUCAUAUAUGUAGAAUUACUUUGUAAUUAACUAAUUUUCUCGUGUGUGUAUUUCUUUUGUGCGUUUAAUGUUUUCACUGUUAUACAUUCAAAAUGGAUUUCAGAGUAUACGUCUGUUUACUAUUUAUAAACUCUAAACAUUGUGUUCAAUAAAUAAAACUACGAAUUUUCGAAAACCCUUUAUUUCGAUCAAUUCGAACUAAUUUUUGGUCAGGCAUACAUACACACUCUUAAAAAUAUCAAAUGGAUUCUCCCCAAAUGUCAACUACAAGGUGUGAUCAAAAAACAUUACGUGCGAACUAGCUGACAAAUCAACUAGAAAUACUGUAUCUUCCGAAAUAAUUACAAAUAUACCCCAAGAGCUGCUUCCUCUUUAAUUCAAUAUGGCUUCUGCGCAUUAGCACUAUCAGCCAGAUCAUUUUUGUGACUCUAUUUUGUCUGGCACAUAGCCAUGUACGAGUCACUACACUACCACCCAGAGUCGAUGGUAUUUAACUCCCGUAACUUUUGUUAAUGAAAAAAUGGUCGUGGCAUGCAUAGUACGAAAUGGGCGCCUGCGUGGCCAAUUUGCGCGUAUUGAACUCGGCGAGGCGUUUUUUGAUAAUCCCUUGUAUGGAGAAGAAUCCUAAACGUAUUAAACUAGCUGCGAUCAAUAAAAAUGUUCUAACUCGGAAUUCCAUCAAUAUUAUCAUCGAGGAUUGAAUAUUUACAUCCGUAAAUACAUUAUACAGACAAAUAUUACUCAACGUGUACAAAAAUUAUACAUCUAAGGACUCAUCUAUGCACGCGACUUGUGGUGCGCGACGGUGUUACAUUACAAUGUUUGACAUAAAAUAUGGGGUUAUCAAGAGGCCCUUGUCCAGUCUGUCACUCUCACUGUCAAGAAGCACUGUCACGCGACACAAAUCGCAUGUAUAAACUUUCAAAGUUACACAAGUACAAUUUGUCAACAAUACAAAACAGGCGGUGAAUGCAAAG